GAUUAGCCAUCGAUAGGUCGCAGACAUUGUCACAAUGUGUACAGGAGAUAAGACGAGUUCCUCUCGGCCGUUCUGUCCACAUUACACUCUCGUUCGCGCGACUGCCUCCACGUGUCUCAAGUGUCAUCGUAUCAGCUAAAAUUCGAGAAACAAAACAAGAUGGCUUUAAGAAAUAUGGUGCGUGUUGCGUGUCAGGUGACAAGAAAUAUCCAGCCCCACUGCUGUAGACAGGCGGCCUUCUUCAGCACGACGCAAGAUAAUAGAGCCCGGUUUUACACCAAAAAGCACGAGUGGGUUUCAGUAAACAACGACGUCGGCACCGUAGGAAUAUCUAGCUAUGCACAGGACGCGUUAGGGGAAGUAGUAUUUGCGCAGUUACCCGACGUCGGCACAACUGUGAAGGUUGGGGAGGAGUGCGGAGCGCUGGAGAGUGUGAAGGCUGCGAGUGAGAUCUACUCGCCUGUCUCCGGCGCGAUUACAGAAAAGAACGACAGCGUAGAAUCAACUCCGUCGCUGAUCAACAAAUCGUGCUAUGAGGAAGGCUGGCUGUUCCGAGUCAAGCUGUCUAAGCCUGAGGAGCUGAAGGCCCUCAUGGACCAGACGGCUUACGACAAAUUCCUGGAAGAGGACCACCACUGACACCUACUAGGGAACCACAGACCACAGGCCGCGCUCUAGACAACACACGAUGAUGAGAUAGUAAGAGAAAAAUAAAUUUCUCUCUUUCAUCGUCGCGUGUUCUUGUGUUUCAUUCUUGGCCAUGACUUGGCAAAAUUGAUUUGUUUAAUUUUGAAAGCUUCGGCUCGGAUUUUAUUACCAGCCGUAUGCAUGACCGUCAUAUUACCACCGAGUUCCAUGUAGUGUUGAUCUAGAAUCUAGACAUUGUUCAGGUUUUAGUGAGUUUACAUUCUGUGAUGUGAGGUGAAUGAACAGUAAUCGACUGCACAUCAAAAGCUUGGAUUUUUCGACGUUACCACGAAUUAUUUGCUCGGAGCUCAAGAUGUGGAAUAAUCAAAAUAUGUUUUGAGUAAAAGACAUGAAAUAUAUUUACUUACCAAGGAUACUGAACUUUCUCUAGAGGUAUAUCGCCGCCUGUGGAUCUGCGGUUUAGAUGUAAUUUUAAUUUAAUUAAUAUUAUUUUUAUGAAAUAAAGCUUUGUAUGUAAGUAAAUAUUGAAAAAAUGUUGU